AAUCAAGGACAUGAUAAGGCACUCCCUGUACCAGCAACUGCUCAAUGGAUUCAGAACACGAUGAGUUCAUUGAGGAUACCCAGCAUGAGAUAGCAGAGCUCGAGGCCAAACUGGCCGCCGCGAGGCAACGGCUCCAGCAAAAGGCCAAGAUUGAGACGACCCUCGUUCAUCGACCUUCUGAAAUUCCGCUCACCCUGCCACUCGGCUCCUUCGCCUUCAGCAGCGGUCUCGAAUCUUAUCUGGCACAUACGCCGCGCAACUCUGCCACCUUCAGCGUCUUCCUGCCCGAGUCAAUCUCCUCUUACGCUUCGACCACACUGCCCUUUGUCCUUGCCGCGUACCGCGACCCCUCUGCGCUGGCCACUCUCGACGACACCCUCGAUGCCGCCAUCAUCUGCACCGUCGGCCGUCGUGCCUCUAUCGCCCAGGGUCGCGCCCUGCUGUCCAUCUGGGAACGAAGCUUCGCCUCCUCGCUGCCGCACCAUGCUGUUGAGGCUCUGAAGCCCUACGCCGCGUUGUUACGAGCCAGCAACUCCGCAUCGUCUUCCUCUUCCUCCGCAAAGACGCCAGCGGGAGCAUGUAACGACCUGCCACCAGCAGCCCACGCCCAUCUCGCCCCUCUUUUUGGCGCAGUCGCAAGCCUCGUCGGCCUCACGCUGCACCAGACGGCGUACGUCUUCAUGCUCAGCCACGUCAAGGCGCUCGUGUCUGCCGCGGUGCGUGCGAGCAUGUUCGGCCCGUAUCAGGCACAAAAGGUGCUGGGUAGCGGUGACGUGCCGAGGAUGAUCGCCGCGGCUAUCGAGAGGGAGUGGGCGACACCGGUGGAGGAGGCGGGGCAGACGAUGCCCAUCAUGGACCUGUGGAUCGGGAGGCACGAGCUACUCUAUUCGCGAAUUUUCAACAGCUAG